AUGGCUGCAGUAAAUGAGAAAUCAGUGCAGCAGCACUUGUACUUCUCGAGCUGUGGUGAGGAGGACAGCAGUGACAGCAGCGUGGAGAACUGGGUGCCUAAAAGUGUGCCUCUGAGAAGCCCGUCCGCUACCUGCCGAACUCCACGAGUGCAGUGCCACCGUGCCAGGAGUACAACAGCCUCACCAUCUGCUGCCACCUCGCCCAUACCUUAUGCCGCUUGGAGCAAGCUUAGGCUCUGUGACUCCCCAAGUACACCCAAGAGCCUGCUGUCCAAGGCAGCAUUGCCCUACUCGAGCAGCAAGCCUUUUCGAAGUCAGAGACUGUGUGUGCCUGGCGCCUUUGCCCGAGCACCUUCGGUCAAUAUUAAUCCAUUUACUCCUGACACGGUGCGGAGAAACAACAAGCACCACAAGAGGAAGAACCGCAGGAGUGAUGAUGAUGAAGACACUUUCCACAGGUCGAAAGAGGUGCACACCUCAUCUGAGGACGAAAGCUAUGUUCUACCAUCAAAGAGACCGGCAGUGCCGGCCCUCAUGCUGUCUCGCUAUGAAAGUGAGUUUCUGGAGCUGGGCCGGAUCGGUGUGGGCGAGUUUGGCGCCGUGUAUCGCUGCGUGAAAAGACUGGAUGGUUGCAUGUACGCCAUCAAGCGAUUACGCAGGCCGCUUGCAGGAUCUGCCAAUGAGCAACUGGCCUUAAAGGAAGUAUAUGCUCAUGCUGUGCUGGGACAUCACCCACAUGUUGUGCGGUACUACUCAGCCUGGGCAGAGGAUGACCAUAUGAUCAUUCAAAAUGAAUACUGUGAUGGUGGGAGCCUUCAUGAUGUCAUAACUGAGAAGCAAGAGCAGGGAGAAUUCUUUCGGGAGCCAGAUUUAAGAGAUCUGCUGCUACAGGUCUCGCUGGGACUCAAAUAUAUUCACACAUCAGGCCUGGUGCAUCUAGACAUUAAACCCAGUAACAUAUUCAUCUGCUAUCGGCCUAGCUCUAGCGCAGGUGGAGCAGCAGACAGUGAAGAGGAGGAUGAUGGAUGCCCUCCAUCAGGGGUAGUUUAUAAAAUUGGUGACCUGGGUCAUGUGACCUCCAUUUCGAGUCCUCAGGUAGAAGAGGGGGACAGUCGUUUCCUGGCAUGUGAAGUAUUGCGAGAGGAUUACAGUAAUCUACCAAAGGCAGAUAUUUUCGCCCUGGGCCUGACUGUACUAUUAUCAGCUGGAGCUCAACCUCUACCUAAGAACGGAGAUGAAUGGCAUCGUCUCAGGGAGGCUCACUUACCCAGCCUGCCUCAGGAGUUAACUCCAGUCUUAAAGAAUCUUUUACAGAUGAUGCUGGACUCUGAUCCCACUGUGAGGCCUUCUGCGUCUGCAUUGUGCAGGCACCCGGUGCUGCGCAGGGAAAGGGCUGGUAAACUGGCCACACAGCUACGCAGAGAGCUGAAUGUGGAGAAGUUCAGGACGGCCAUGCUGGAAAGGGAACUCCAGGAGGCUCGUUUAGCUGCCGUUUCACCUUUUCCACCGCUGAUCUCCACAAGAUGUGCCGACUCGCAGACCAGCUCUCUUCCCAGGCCAGCACGGAGGCUAGUAGGGCGAAAUGUAGCUCGCUCAAUGAGUUUUGGCUGUCUGGGACAUUGAACUUUUGGUUAAUUCAGGUUGAAUUUUGGCACAUGGGUGUCUAUUGCGUCAUUGUGAAUCUGAAUUAUUCCAGAUUCUGUUACUUA